GAUCUUGAAGACAAAAUCAUCUCUUUGAUGAAGAAAGAGCUGAGGAUCUUCAAGAGUCUACUGAGCUCAGAUUACCCAUCAUGCUCUGAGAGAGAGGAGGAGGAGGAUGAAGAUCAGAUCAGAGUCAGAGAUGAGCUUCUGAAGAUCACACUGCACGUCCUGAAGAAGAUGAACCAGACAAACCUCGCUGAUAAACUACAGACCAAACUUUUACCUUUGUGUGUGAAAAAACACAAAUCCAGACUAAAGGAGAAAUUCCAGAGAAUAAAUGAAGGAAUAUCAAGUCAAGGAAACUCAAGAUUUGUGAAUGAGAUCUACACAGAGCUGUACAUCACAGAGGGAGGGAGUGAAGAACUCAAUAAUGAACAUGAGGUGAGACAGAUUGAGACAACAUCCAGAAGAUCAGAGACACAAGAAACACCAAUCAAAUGUAAUGACAUCUUUAAAGCUUUACCUGGACAAGACAAACACAUCAGAACUGUGCUGACUAAAGGAGUUGCUGGAAUUGGAAAAACCGUCUCUGUACAGAAGUUCAUUCUGGACUGGAGUAAAGGAAAAGCAAAUCAGGAUCUUCACUUCAUAUUUCCACUUCCAUUCAGAGAACUGAAUCUGAUGAAGAACAGAAAUAUCAGUCUGAUGGAUCUUCUUCAUCAGUUCUUCAUAGAUACAAAAGAACUGAGAUCAAGAGACUUUGAUGUCUAUAAAGUUGUGUUUAUCUUUGAUGGUCUGGAUGAGUGUCGACUUCCUCUAGAUUUCUCAAACAAUCAGAGUUUGCCUAAUUUAAGAGAAAGAGCUUCAGUGGAUGUGCUGUUGACAAAUCUCAUCAAGGGGAAUCUGCUUCCUUCUGCUCUGAUCUGGAUAACAUCACGACCAGCGGCAGCCAAUCAGAUUCCUCCUGACUGUGUCCACCAGAUCACAGAUGUACGAGGAUUCAAUGAUCCUCAGAAGGACGAGUAUUUCAUCAAGAGAAUAAAUUAUGAGAGUUUGUCCAACAGAAUCAUCAGACACAUCAAAUCAUCCAGGAGUUUGUACAUCAUGUGUCACAUCCCAGUCUUCUGUUGGAUUACAGCCACUGUUCUAGAGAGAAUGUUGAGUGAAUCAGAGAGUCAAGCAGAGAUCCCCAAGACUCUCACUCAAAUGUUCACACACUUCCUGAUCUUUCAGACCAAACUGAAGAGUCAGAAGUAUGAUGGGAAAUGUGAGGUAGAUCUUCAACAGGUUAGCAAGAGUCUUCUGUCACUGGGAAAACUGGCUUUUCAACAGCUAGAGAAAGGGAAUCUGAUCUUCUAUGAGGAGGAUCUGAGAGAGUGUGACAUUGAUGUCAGAGAAGCUUCAGUGUACUCAGGAGUUUGUACUCAGAUCUUCAGAGAGGAGUUUGGACUGAACCUGGGGAAGGUCUACAGCUUUGUGCAUCUGAGCAUUCAGGAGUUCCUCGCUGCUUUAUUUCAGUUUCUUUCAUUUUCUCUAGAAACAUCAGGAUCAACUAUGAGUGAUUUACUGAAGAGUGAAGUGGACAAAGCCUUACAGAGUGAGAACGGACACCUGGACCUUUACCUCCGAUUCCUUCUGGGUCUCUCACUGGAGUCCAAUCAGAUGAUCUUACGAGAUCUACUGACACAGACAGGAAGAAGAUCUGACAGCAGACAGGAAAUAGUUGAGUACAUUAAGAUGAAGAUCAGAGAGAAUCAAUCUCCAGAGAAAUCCAUCAAUCUGUUUCACUGUCUGAAUGAACUGAAUGAUCAAUCUCUAGUGAAUGAGGUACAAACAUAUCUGAGCAGAAAAGAUUACUGGUGUCUCUCUGGAGUCAAACUCUCUCCCUCUCAGUGGUCGGCUGUUGUGUUUGUGUUACUGAACUCAGAUCAGAAGCUGGAUGAGUUUAUACUGAAUAAAUAUGAUCGAUCAGAUGAAUGUCUUCAGAGGCUGCUGCCAGUGAUCAAAGCAUCCAGAAAAGCUGAUCUGAAGAGAUGUAAUCUGACAGAGAAAAGUUGUUCAUCAUUGAGUUCAGUUUUCAUCUCAAACUCCUCAAGUCUGACAGAACUGAACCUGAGUCGCAAUAAACUGCAGGAUUCAGGAGUGAAGCUUCUCUCUGAUGGACUAAAGAAUACAAACUGUAAACUGAAGAUAUUACAUCUGAGUUGGUGUAAUCUGACAGAGAAAAGUUGUUCAUCAUUGAGUUCAGUUCUCAUCUCAAACUCCUCAAGUCUGACAGAACUGAACCUGAGUGACAAUGAACUGCAGGAUUCAGGAGUGAAGCUUCUCUCUGAUGGACUGAAGAAUACAAACUGUAAACUCAAGAUAUUACAUCUGAGUUGCUGUAAUCUGACAGAGAAAAGUUGUUCAUCAUUGAGUUCAGUUCUCAUCUCAAACUCCUCAAGUCUGACAGAACUGAACCUGAGUGGAAAUAAACUGCAGGAUUCAGGAGUGAAGCUUCUCUCUGAUGGACUGAAGAAUACAAACUGUAAACUCAAGAUAUUAAAUCUGAGUUGCUGUAAUCUGACAGAGAAAAGUUGUUCAUCAUUGAGUUCAGUUCUCAUCUCAAACUCCUCAAGUCUGACAGAACUGAACCUGAGUGGAAAUAAACUGCAUGAUUCAGGAGUGAAGCUUCUCUCUGAUGGACUGAAGAAUACAAACUGUAAACUGAAGAUAUUAAAUCUGAGUCGCUGUAAUCUGACAGAGAAAAGUUGUUCAUCAUUGAGUUCAGUUCUCAUCUCAAACUCCUCAAGUCUGACAGAACUGAACCUGAGUUACAAUGAACUGCAGGAUUCAGGAGUGAAGCUUCUCUCUGAUGGACUGAAGAAUACAAACUGUAAACUGAAGAUAUUACAUCUGGAGUCCUGCAGUAUUGGAGAUGAAGGUUUUGUUGCUUUGGCUUCAGCUCUGAGAUCGAACCCACCACACCUGACUGAACUCAAUCUGAGCUUUAAUAAUCCAGGAGAUUCAGGAGUGAAGCUGAUCUCUGAUCUACUGAAGGAUCCACACUGUAAACUACACAAACUACUUAUUGAGCCUCGACUGUAUCAAUCACCUACAUUAAUCACCUACAAGAGCUACGAAUGACAAAUCAAACACCUGUCUUCAGUUAUAAAGUAGAAGAUCUGCUUAUUGCCUCCUACUGGACAAACAUCAGCAGUGAGACAUCAGAGCUCAACAUGAGAGACGUCUGUUAGAGUUAAACACACAAACAUGUGGAUGAAGAUCUGCAUUCAUAAUCCAGCAGAAGAGUUUAAUGAAGUUCAAUGAUGUUUGUGUUGUGGAUGUUAUUCUUACACAGCUGAUAUAUGACACUCAGUGUAUCUCUUUCUGUCUCAUCUGAUGCUGUUUAAAGUCUUCUGAGCUCUGCUGAUGCUUCAUUACCUGUAGAUCUUCAUCAUCAUCAUCAAAACAGUUCAUUCCUAUGGAUAUAUUCUCAACGAUGAUGACAGACUGACCAAUGAGAUACAGGCUUUAGGUCAUGUGACUAAAUAUUCCUUAUAGAUUAAGGUGACCAGAUUUUUUAAAUGAAAACUGGGGACAUUUCCUAGUUAAAUGGUGAAAAUAUAAUUAAAAUCUCAUUUAUUGUUAUCUAUGAAUUAAAAAAUGGGGACAAAAUAUUUUUUUUAAGUUUUCUUUUUUUUAUUGUUGUGGGUUCACUGCAAAAAAUGACUUUCUUCUUACUUAAUAGAAUUUUUGUCUUAUUUUCAAUACAAAUAUCUAAAAAAUCUUAAAACAAGAUGCAUUUUCUUGAUAAGCAAAAUCCCCUAAGAAAAAUCUAGCUUUAAGACAAAAAAAUAAAUAAAUUUAAGUGAAUUUGUGCUUAAAACAUGCAAAAAAUAUUACUCUUGAAUUAAGUAGUGGUAGAUUUUUUUUGCUUGUUUUAAGCACAAAUUUGAUAUUUUUGUCUAAAAAUUAUAUUCUUAAGUCGUUUUGCCCAUCAAAAAAUGCAUUUUGACUUAAAGGAUUAGUCCAUUUUCUUAAAAGAAAAAUUCAGAUAAUUUACUCACCACCAUGUCAUCCAAAAUGUUGAUGUCUUUUUUUGUUCAGUCGAGAAGAAAUUAUGUUUUUUGAGGAAAACAUUGCAGGAUUUUUCUAAUUUUAAUGGACUUUAAUAGAGCCCAACAUUUAAUACUUAACUCAACACUUAACAGUUUUUUCCAUCGGAGUUUCAAAGGACUAUUAACAAUCCCAAACGAGGGCAUAAUUUUUUAUGUGAAAUAACAAUCAAAUGUACUUAUUACUUUGGUGUUUUAUUCUUUCUUUCCUUGGCAUUAUUUAAAUAAUGUUGUAACAAAUGAAUAACACAUCAAACUUAACUAGAGAAGUUAGGAAAAUAUUAUUUACUUUCGCUAACAAAACAGCGAGAAUCAAGUUUUUUUCAUUUUCAUGUUGUAAACUUUAUAUGUGUAUAUGUAUAAAAGUGUUAGCAAUCAUUAAAUCGGCAAGUUAACCGAUCUAUCACAGUGUUUUAAUUGCUUAUUUCUUUGAUUAAAUGUCUCACUUACAAAAAAAGAAACAAUAAGCUUAACCAUUUGAAAUGAUUCCUAAAACCUAUUUUUCAUAGCUAAAACACACCGCUUUGUUAGUUUAGCACACCAUCAAAACACGACAAAUAGUGGGAUUAAUAUUUUUGCUCCAAACUAACUUUAUAGCAGAUCAAGUGUUUUGAGCUGACGUGGCUUCAGAUCGCAAAAUGAAACAGAUAAUACACUCUUUCUUUUUGGUAUUCUGCACAGUGCUAAAGUUGCAUUAUAAUAAAUAAAUAUAACGUUACUGUAUUAUGAAAAUACCCAACAUGACCGGAACAACACAGAUAUACCAUAUAUAAUCCCAAUUAAGUUUAUUGUCUUCUUGUUUUAUCCAUCAGAACAUCUUUAUUUGCAUGUUAUUAGCAGCAGGGUAGAUAAAUGCCCUUAAAAGUGUAAAUUCUGAAUCGGACCCAAGCGUUCUUCGUGUGUCAAUUCUAAAGUGUCUCUGCGCGAUCGUGCACGAGGGCGCCCUCAGGCUUCACGUAUGAAUGAACAGACUCGUGUAAAGGUCAGUUUAGGAACCAGUGGCAUAUCACCGCGAUUGGAAUGAAAAUGGAAUAAAUAUUACUCUUUUCUUUAGAAAUUAUAAGUAAACAUAUAAAAUCAAUCAAUAUGUUUCCAAACAUGCAUGCCUUUGAACCAGAAGCCCCAAGGAAUGUUGUUUUGUGAAGUGCUUUCAUGACGACUGCGGGUCAUAUUUCAUUUUACAGGUAUGGAGUCUGAUUUUCAUUUUCAUAACUUGUGACACAAAUUAAGACAUUACUGUCUCUAAAUUUUUUAAA